AUGGUUUCCAUCAAAGAAAUAGAGUCAAAGCAUCAUGAUAUCGCUGAUGUUGAGACAUGGUGGGUACUGGAAAUUGGCUACGUCACCGUUAGGUUCGCAGCUGCACUUCUCCUUUUCUUUGUAUGCAACACGUUUCUAAUGUUUGGUGCCGCCAUUUCAAAGAUCUGCGUCUUGAUUCUUGCUACCAAUAUCUGGGACAGAAAGUAUCAUUCGGACCCGUACGCACGACGAUGUUCCAGAAUUCCUGUACAACGGACUCCGAGAGGAGUGGCUGCCAUGUAUUUGGCCUUACUGUUCAUUCAAAUAGUACCAGACAUGGUGGCAAUAAUGCGAUCGUUAAUGCGCUUUUGUCGCGGUGAUAAAGCUGGAAGAUUCGUUGUGCUCGAAUCCCUCCGCGCUUUCGGACUCUCCUUACUCAUCUUCACAGUUUUUCCUCAACUGGACCUAUACCGAUGCUUGUGUCUUUGUGCCUUUUUAUCGGCAACAACUUUGCCUCAUCUUGUCCUCUUCCUAGCUCUUUUCAGUGCAACGUAUCUGUGGAAUGUUAUGGAAACACCUUUUCACGGAAUUUGGGUUUUGCCAAUAGGCUUAUUUACGAUAUCCAUCGGAUUCUGGGAAUCAUGGGUGUCCGAGAAACACACGGGAACUACCUUCCAUGAGCUCUACCAGGUGAAAUAUGGUCUAAGGAAACUAAACAUCUCAACCCGUCUAAUGAUAGCUGCCGUCCGUAUUUUUAUUGUUCUUGUGGUGAUGAUUUAUGCAGCAAAAGGAAGGGUCAAACCGCACUUGUUCUUCAAUGUUCUGACUUCGUACAGCUUCGGUUUCAGGCACACCCGUUUGAUCUUGCUCGGCUUCGGGUUGAUCCUGUUAAAUUUCUCACUUCGCGGGUGCGCUCGCUUCCUUGCAGCAAUUGGAAUGCGUGCGUUUUCCGUUUUCCAUCCAGUCACUAUUGUGCCAGCCGUAGGAUAUGCUAUCGUUGCAUUCAUUUGUAAUCAAAGACUUUGUGGGAUUGCUAACGUUCUUGCAAGGUUGGGUCUACGUUGGAGUUGCGAUCAAUGGGGGAGAAAGACUCGUCCAUUUGACGAUUGGUAUAUCUGUAUGAUAUGGCUGGCAGUAGGGGCCUAUCGUGGCUAUCAGUUUGUACGCCAGAAGUCCUACGACAAAUGUGAUGAAGUAGUUGACUCAAUGCCGCCCGUAUCUAAUGGGUUCUGUAUAGAACAAUCACUUGCUGUGUUUCAUAUUUCGCUCAGUAAAGCGGAGCCAAUAUUAGACAUCGAUGACGAUCAUGGGGAUCCUGACGAUGAAUUGAGAGUUAGGAACGAUGAGGUUGAUCGCAUAUUGACGCUAUACAUGUGUGCAACCAUGUGGCAUGAGACGGCAACUGAAAUGGCACAGAUGUUGCGUAGUAUACUGAAAUUGGAUGAGGAACAUGCGCGAAGACUAGGAGCUAAAAAGACGGACCAGUUGCGUUUCAGGCUUGAAGGUCACAUAUUUUUUGAUGAUGCAUGGGAAGACCGGACGGAGCUGAAUAUCACUAAACGAGUUCCGAACGAUUUCUUCCGCACAUUCUUCGAGACUCUAAGUGAGCUGACUGGAGAGUUCGUUGAUGAAUCUGGCUCGAUAAUGUCAAGAAUUUUGGUAAAUACUCCAUAUGGUGGAAGAUUAGUGGUGAGGUUACCCGCCGGUACGCUGUUAUUUGUACACCUGAAGGAUAAGAAGCUCAUCAGACAUAAGAAGAGAUGGAGUUAUGUACAUGUACUAUCUGCUUGGUCAUACGUAUUAUGGAAUUCACCACUGAGCAUUGAAGAUCGUCAACAAAUGGCCGACAACACUUUCAUUCUUGCUAUUGAUGGGGACUCCAAGUUUGAACCAGAGGCAGUAAUGCGAUUAUUGAAUCUUAUGAACACUAAGAGUGAUAUCGGGUGUGCUUGUGGUCGGAUUCAUCCUAUUGGUUCAGGUGUCAUGGUGUGGUACCAAAAAUUCGAAUAUGCCAUCGCACACUGGUUCCAGAAAGCAGCUGAGCACGUAUUCGGAUGUGUGCUGUGUGCUCCUGGGUGCUUCUCUCUGUUCCGUGCUUCGGCGCUGAUGGAUGAUAAUAUCAUGCACAAGUAUACUAAGACUGCCCAAGAACCUCGUCACUUUGUACAAUAUGAUCAAGGAGAGGAUCGAUGGCUCAGUACUCUUAUGUUGAAACAGGGAUACCGUAUCGAGUACGUGGCUGCAUCGGACGCGGAAACCUAUGCUCCAGAAGGUUUUGAAGAGUUCUUCAAUCAACGUCGACGCUGGACACCCUCAUCAAUUGCUAACACAAUCGACCUCCUGUCUGAUUAUAAGAGAGCCUCAGAAAACAAUGAUUCAAUAUCGAUGUCCUAUAUUUCCUAUCAGUUCAUGGUAAUUUUCUUCUCGAUGCUCGGCCCUGCAAUUAUUUUCACUAUGCUCGUGGCCGCGUUUGGUGUUGACUCAGCAAGGGUGAUGCUGUACAACGGCAUUCCAAUCAGUUUGUUCAUCGUAAUAUGUUUUACUACCGAGUCCAAUGUGCAGCUGCUAUAUGCCAAGCUGAUGUCGAUCAUCUAUGCUUUUGUAAUGCUUGCAGUAUUGGUUGCGACUUCGUCACAGAUUGUGCUGGAAAGUGAGAAUGUUAAAUAG